AUGAAGAUGCAAUGCAGUAUCGCCAUCGCAGUUGUUUUUGGCUGCAUCGUAGUUAUGCAAGCGGAAGCAGGACUGACAGGCGGAUCAAAGGAGGUAGAUGUCAAUGAUCCGGAGAUCAAGGAAUUGACUGCUAAGUCAAUAGCAAAAAUCGAUGCAUUGAUGAAUGACGGGCACUCGCAUGAACUCAUCAGAGUGGUCUCUGCAAGCAAGCAGGUUGUGUCUGGUCUCAAAUACACCCUUAAAAUUCUCGUUAGUGGUGAAGGCCAUCAAGCAGUAAGUGAUUGUUCAUUCAUUGAUAUUAUGCAGCGAUUCGCUCGUCAGUGA